UUUCCACAACUUAUAUUUUUAUUAUUAUUUAGCAUUUUUUUUUGUCAUAAUUGACAGUUAAAGGGAUAGUUCACCCAAAAAUGUUCACCCAGUUGGCGUUAUAUUAAAAAUUGUCCUGGAUAUUCCAAGCUCUAUCAUUUAUAUCUAUAUUUCAAACAUAAUGAACACUUUUCUCUCACUUCCCUUAUCUGUCAUACGCGGAAGCCUUUCCGGCGGAUGAUGCAGUACGUAUGCGCAGUUCGCGCGCCUCUGAGAUGUGCUAGUCUCGCGAGUUUGUUUAUAGGAGCAAAGGAAAACCAGUCUCAUCUUGGUUUAUAUCAAAAUCCUUCAUCAUUUUUCUUUACAAAUCCUCGGUUAGUGCUUCUAAUUGGUGACCCGCGUUUUGUUUUAUUUUCUCUCCGCAUUUGUCACGCAACGCCGACGUACUACGUCAUCCGCCGUAAUGGCUUCCGCAUAUGACAGAUAUCGGAAGUGAGAGAAAGGUAUUUAUUACGUUUGAAAUAUGGAUAUUUUCAAAAAAAAAAAAUGGAUUCACUAUAGGAGGCCUUUAUUCACCCCCACGGAGCCGUGUGAGGCACGUUUUAUUAUGGAUGUGCGCUUUAUUUGAUGACUUGUGGACUGUUCAACUGCAACACCCACUGCAAUGUCAGAGUUUGGAAUAGUCAGGACAAUUUUUAAUAUAACUCCGACUGGAUUCGUCUGAAAUAAGAAAAUCGUAUACACCUAUAAUGCCUCAAGACUGAGUAAAAUACAAGCUAAUUUUCAUUUUUGGGUGAACUAACCCUUUAAUCACAUUUUUCCCAAAUUCUCCUGAAAAUGGUCGCAAUUUAAAAUAAAUAAAACAUCUGUAACAAAAUGUGGUCAUAAAAAAAAAUUAGGAAAAUGUGCUUAUUUGUCAAAGUUUAUUUGUCUUCAUGUGUAAUAAAGUUUCUUCUCAUUGUCUUAUAUAUUGCAGUGUUUUUUAAUUAAACUUACUCAGGUCCCUGCAUCCUCAUUACAACUUUUACCUAUGUAAACAUCUGUGAGUGUUGUAGUAUGUGUGAUAUUUAAAAUGUUAAAAUAGAAUCAUAAUAAAAUUAAAAAGAUUUGAAACAGCUGUGGAGCUUCAUUACAGGUCAGGUAAUUAGAUUCCAUCCCUUAUGUAACUGCUGCCUUCCUCUUUAGAUGACAGGAACUGCAUUUAGUAUACAUGCUUUAAAAAGGCAGCACGAAUCUAGGAGGAAUUCAGCAGUAAUAUGAUCGUUCAACACUACUUUGAUCAUCUUCCAGUAAAUUUACUGUAUUGAUACAGCCCUAAGAGGAUGGAUGACUUGUUCCUGGUUAUGUAUUCGGAAGGUGAGGAUGGGUGUUACUGUUUGAGGAAUUAAAAGUCCUCCCAGUCGUUCUCUCGUUCAGACUGAGCAGCAGAUCAUGGAGACUGCAUCUGUCGUUUUCUCGAGGGACUUUGAAUCGUUUGUUUUCAACGACUCCUCCACAAGUUCCUCCAUCAUGCUCAACAGCAGCAUGCAGAGUCCCUUGCCCGAAGAAUCAUACUUGGUCUUGGGAAAACCACGUAGUUCGUUCGGGACUGUAGGGGUGGUCUUCAUAAUACUUGUCACUAGCUGCAUCAGCCUGCUAACAGUCCUGGGCAACGUCCUUGUUCUGCUUUCAAUCAAAGUCAACCGCAAUCUCCGAACCAUUAACAACUACUUCCUUUUUAGUCUUGCUUGUUCGGACCUUAUCGUCGGUGUUUUCUCCAUGAAUCUCUACAUUGUGUACGCCGUAAAGGGAUAUUGGCCUUUGGGACCGCAGAUGUGUGAUUUGUGGUUGGUUGUGGAUUACGUGGUGAGUAACGCCUCUGUGAUGAACCUCCUGCUGAUCUGCUUUGACCGGUACUUCUGCGUGACCCGGCCUCUGAGUUACCCAACCAAACGUACAGCAAGGUGUGCUGGGGUGAUGAUUGCUGUGGCUUGGUUACAGUCUCUGCUUCUCUGGGCUCCAGCCAUCCUGCUUUGGCAGGCUGGGAGGGACAGGAACAAGGUCCCAGAGGGACAAUGUUAUAUCCUGCUCCUCUCCAACCCUGCCGUAACCCUGGCAACCACCAUCCCAGCGUUCUACAUUCCCGUUGUGAUAAUGAUGGUACUGUACACAAGGUUAUCCCUGGCCAGUCAGAGACGGGUUCAUAAGUUGAAGCCUGAAUUCACAAACCUGCUUGAACCGUCUAAGGCAAGUGGAGGAACGUCAACCGCAAACCCUGACCUAGUGAAUGACAUUAAACCCAAUGAAACAUGCUCAUUUAAACAAGAGUCAAAGCUCGUUAGAAUCAAACGCCUCCCUUCUGUAGAGUUCAGCAAAACGGACUACUCCUUGGAUUCAAGUCCUGACGCCUCUGCAGAAGACCAAGUGCCGGAUGCAGAAACCUCGAGACCGAGGACCUUGACAAGGUGUGCAGAAACUAGCAAGACAAUGCAACCUCACUGUCUUCAAAACCAUACUACCAUACAGGUUCAACGUCAAGCAUCCAAGGUUGUCUCCAAGAAUGCCAGACGCAAGGCUCUUAGAGAAAGGAAGGUGACAAAGACCGUCCUUGCCGUUCUUUUGGCCUUCAUUGUAACUUGGACUCCUUAUAGUGUUAUGGUUCUGGUAGGUACCUUCUGCCGCUGGUGUGUCCCUGAAAUUCUAUGGAUGGUGGGUUACUUUAUGUGCUACGUCAACAGCACUGUAAAUCCAGUGUGCUACGCGCUCUGUAACGCCACCUUCAAAAGAACCUUUAAACGACUGUUGAUGUGCAAGUUCAGAAAUCUGGCAUCAAAAUGAGUCGGACUUCAUUCUCUUAUCAAUGAAUCCUAGCAAACCAAUGAGAAUGCUGGAUAGAUAGAUAGAGUUACUGUGAAGCUGUUUUACUAGAGCCAAAAGUGAAAAAAGUGAAGUUGGUUGACGUUAUUGGUGUUUAUUAUGUUGCUGAUAUUGUUUGUGAAUGUAUUCUUACGCCAACAGUUUUUGUGAAUCAAUGCGAUAGAUUAGACACUGAUUCUUAUUUUGUGAGCAUGAUGCUGGUUUACUAGAGCCAAAAAUGUAAAUAAAGUGAAGUAUUUAUUUUGUUGCUUUUGUUGUAUGCAUUAAAUGUAUCUUAAAGUCAAGUUCUCAAAUGCAUACAUGUAAAUCAACUUACAAAACACCUUGAUUCAUUUGUUUUUUUUGUUUUUUUUUUUGUGAGCGUGAUGGUGUUUAAAGUAAAAAUAAAUGUUUGUAAUUCAAUAUUCAUCAGGGCACUGUUAUUGCAUUUGUUCUACGAAUUGUAUGGCA